AUCCAGAUAGUACGGGCACCCACGACGACGGGUGACCGUCUCGGAAACUCUCCAUCAGACGCAAGCGAGGGGAGAGGAGGCGGCUAAUUAAAUAUUGAGCAGAAAAGUCGCGUGGGGAGCGCAUCACGUGGGCCUGGAGGCGCGCGGAGCGGCGGAUAAAUACCGCGGGCACCAGGCAGGCGGAGAGCGCACUCCAUCUCCAUCUCCUCCUCCUCCUCCUCCUGCACCGUCGCGGCUCCGAGAGUGUGGACGGAGCGCGGAGCGAGCGCUUAGACCGGCCACAGGGUCCCUGCGGGUCAGCGGGUCUGCCCGCCGCCGCGAAAUCCAGCAUGAAAAUCCUCCUGGCCGUGGCCGUCUUCUUUCUCAUCUCCACUCAACUGCUGGCGGAGGAAAUCCGAGCCGGCGAUGGUCUCAACUACUGGUCCGACUGGACCGACAGCGACCUGAUCAAGGAGGAGCUGGAUGAGCCCGUUGAGCAUCUUCUGCAGAGAAUCGCCCGGCGACCCAAGCCUCAGCAGUUCUUCGGCUUGAUGGGCAAACGGGAUGCUGGAUAUGCCCAGUUCUCUAAUAAAAAAAGACAUAGAGCAGAUGCCUUUUAUGGACUAAUGGGCAAAAGAGCUUUAAAUUCUGUGGCUUACGAAAGGGAUGCGAUGCAGAAUUAUGAAAGAAGACGUAAAUAAACUACCUAAUGUGUUUACUGAGCUUCAUUUGUGUCAAUGGUCAAUAAGAGGUAAAAAAAAAAAAAAUGAGAAGUGCACUAUGCGGAAUAAUUAUUUAAUAAUAAUAACAACAAUAAUAAUAAUAAUGUUUUGAGUGAAAAACUCAACGAAGUGUUUAUUUUUCAUAUUGUGCCAAAAUGUGUUGUAAAAGGGUAUUAUAAUUCUAAUAUGAUGAUUCCCUCAGAAAUAGAAUCAGUAGUAAUUUCUCAACAAAGCACAGUGUCCAGUGAAAUUGUAAAGACCUGUCAACAAUAUCGUCUCCAAAGAAAGAAAUCGUUUUUGUUCCCUCGAAGUAAUCACAUCAGCUCCUGCUGAAAGAAAGAAAGUUCACAGAUAGGCCUGUGCUGCUCCAUUUGUUUUUAUGGUGAAAAUGUACAAACUAUAUUUGUAUCCCUGAAGCAUGUUUUAUGUUUUGUGACUAUAUAGAAAUGUUUUAAAAAGUUUUCAUGUGAUUCUAAGGUCAUCAUUUCAUUGUGUAAUGUGUUGUGAUAGUUGACAUUUUAAAUAAAAGAAGAAAUAUCUUGAAA